AUGAUUGCACCCAAAAGCAGCGAUGUCAGAGAAGAUAAGAGAAUGAGAAUGAUGACCUGCCUUGAGUAUCAAAUUCCAAGCAACCAGAAGCUUUUUAAGAAUGAGAAUUUUCCUCCUGGAUUAAUUCUUAUUAAAGAUUUUUUUACUGAGCAACAAGAAGAAAAAAUACUUCAGUGUAUCAAAUGGGAUGAUUCAGAUUCUCAACAAUUGAAACAUAGAAGAGUAAAGCAUUUUGGAUAUGAAUUCAAAUAUGGAAUUAACAACAUUGACAAAAAUGAUCCUCUAGAUGAGAAGAUUCCUGAAAUUUGUCAUCCAUAUCUAGCAAAGCUAAUUGAAGAGAAGUACAUAAAUACAAUGCCAGAUCAAUUAACUGUAAAUUAUUAUCUACCCGGACAAGGUAUACCAGUCCAUAUUGAUACUCAUUCUGCUUUUGAAGAUUGUAUUGUUGUAUUUAACUUGGGAUCUCAGAUAGUCAUGGAAUUUCAUCAUCCCAAUGGCUGUCAUGUUCCAAUAUUGUUACCAAGAUAUAGUGUCUUAAUUAUGUCAAAAGAAAGCAGAUAUUUAUGGAGUCAUGGGUUUAUUGGCUGUGACUUCAGUCAUAAACUGAUUGAAAUCUGUAGAAGCAAUGGAUUAGAAGUUUUCGUCGCCGAUAAUUUAAAAUUGCCUCUUCGGUCAGGAAUAGCUGAUGCAUGCAUUUCCAUUGCAGUUUUGCAUCAUAUGGCUACAGAGACUAGACGUAAGAAAGCCAUAGAAGAAUUGGUGAGAAUAUUAAAAGUAAAUGGCAGAGCAUUGAUUUAUGUUUGGGCAAUGGAACAAAAAAGUGAGAAAGGAUCUUCUAAUUAUUUGAAAGCAUCCAAGGAUGCAAAAAUAAGUGAAACAGAUCGUGAAAGACAUCAGAUAGAAUUUAUGGGUACUAAAUUACCUGUUCAUAUUAAUAAAACUCAAUUUCUACAGCAGGACAUAUUUGUACCAUGGAAUAAAGUAGAUGAAAAUAAAAACAGCAGUUCAGCCACAGUCUACCAUCGAUAUUAUCACGUGUUUGUGAAGGGAGAAUUAGAAACACUAUUAUUGAGCAUUGCUAAUGUUAAAAUAAUAGAGAGUUAUUAUGAUCAAGGAAAUUGGUGUGUUAUUGUUGAAAAAGUAUUAUGAUAUUUGCUAAUGUAAA